AUGAUGAAGAAAGUUACAUAUUUAAAAAAAGAAAUGAUUGUACAAGAAAAUGAUAAUGAAUUUUUAGUGCCAAGUGAACAAGAAGAAACUUUAUGGUAUUAUGUUCAUAUUAAAUGUGGACUUUGUUCAUGUUCUUCUGGCUUGGCAGGAAAGUUUUGUAAGCAUCAGUACGCUAUUUUUCAAUUUUUUAAUAUUAAAUCUGAUAAUUUUCCUUCUAUAACACCUACAGACCGUUAUAAUAUAGCUAAAAUUGCUUUUGGAGAACAAGUCUUGGAUAAAUCAUUUUAUGAUCCAUUUCUGUUAGAACAACCAGAAAUACAACAAAUAAAUGAGACAGAAACAAAUGAUACUAUAAAUAAUCCAACUAAUUAUAAUGAUACUGAUGUAGAAGAAUUAAAUUUAAUAGAACCCAUACCAAGUACCAGUACAGAAUCAAAUGAUAACAGCAAAUUUGAAAAUGUAUUAACCUUAAUAUCUCUGUAA